AUGGCACAAGUGCUCAAGUGUGAAAAGCUCGGCCACAGUCACCUGCAGAGAGCAGGCGGGGCAGGUCUGAAGCUCAAACCCAAGCGGGUGGGAGCUGGUUUCCCGAAAGGCUCCUGCACGUUCCAGACAGCCCCUCAGCUGAUGGAGAAGACGCGGCUAAAGGAGCAAGACCCCCGGCCGGUGCAGGGAGGCGAGCAGGAGCCGCCCGGCCGGCCCCGUGGCCGCCAGGACGAGGACCGCGCCGAGCCCCUCCCCGGGCCCAGAGGAGAGGCCCCCGGGAGCGGUGCUCAUUGUGGGGCGCCCUCCCCGGAGAAGAAGGCAAAAGGCUCCUCUCGGGGCAGUCCUACCGCCAAGGCCCGGGUCGGCAAGAAGCGGCAGCUCCUGGCCGCAGCGGCCCUCAAGGACUCCCAGAACAUCGCCCGCUUCUUCUACCAGAGGACCGAGAGCUCUCCUCCGCUCACUUCAGCCCCAGGGGCCGAAGGUGCCAGCCCUUCCCGUGACGGGGCGCGAGGACCCCUGACGGCCCCAGAGAAGUGCUCAGGGGAGGAGGAUGGAGCCAUGGGACGUUUGGCUGCCCGCCCCCAGACCAAGGAGUGCUCCGAGGAGGGGCCGAGUGCCUGCCUGCUCAGAGACCAGAGGCCCCCAGAAGGCCAGCCCACCCCCACGAAGGAGGCACAGAGAGGCAAGCGGCCCAGACCCCAGCAGGAGAACCCAGAGAGCCAGGCUCAGAAGAGGCCAUGCCCCUCAGCCAAGGUCUCCAUCUCAGCUGAGACCACGGGCAGCGUCUCAGCCAGCCAUCAGGGCAGCUUGAACCCCCAAGGCUCCUGCCAGCCCUUGGCUCCUGGCAUCUCGCUGAAGGAGGCUGCGAACGUCGUGGUUAAGUGUCUGACCCCUUUCUACAAGGAGGGCAAGUUUGCGUCCAAGGAGCUGUUUAAAGCCUUCGCCCGCCACCUCUCCCACUCGCUGACCCAGAAUCCAUCUCCGGGAAGGAGCGUGAAGGAAGAGGCCCAGAACGUCAUCAAGCAGUUGUUCCACGGCCGAGCCCGGUGCGAGAGCGAAGCUGACUGGCACGGCCUGUGUGGCCCGCAGAGAUGACCGACAGCUGCCCGACGGGGCCGGUGUCCUCCCCGGACUCCACCGCGGCCCAGCCCGGGCCUCGCUCGGGAACGGGGAGGGUGGGCGGCCUGCUGCUGCUGCUGGGGCAUCGUCUGCUCUCAGGCUCUUCCCCCUUCCAGCCACGCCUUGCUUUGAAAAUGGGCCCGGACACCUCCCAAAUCAAGGUCAGAGGUCAGCCCGCCUUUCUCUUUGCUUGCGAAGCCUGAGGUCCUCUUUCUCCUAGCCUCCCUGCCUCCCCGGCCCUGGUGGCUGGGUUUUCUGGGCCAGAUCCGCAGAUCAGAAAAUGACAGGGUGGUGUGGCUGCCGCCAGAGGAACAGAAGGAAGGAAGGCCCCUCCACCUCUUGUACUUGGCACGUUUUAAGCCGGCGGCAAGGCCCAUCAUCAGUCCGAGGCCUUGGGGCCUCCUCAGAAAGAGCCCGGGCUGGCGCCAGGUCCGCCCCCACCGCCGUCUUCCCUCGCGAUGCCAGCCUCCAGCCCGGCCCAGGUGCAGAGCUCACGGGAAGGAGGGCAGCAGCCAGGCCCUGCUCCCUCUCGGCCCCUGGGCAGGAAGGCCCGGCGGGGCUUCGACAGUUGCCGGAGGAGUCGAGCCCUGUUGGUCCUUAUGCACACGCACACAGCCCUGUUCUCUCAGGAGGUUUAUUUCCUCAGCAGCUGCUGCUCCCAGGCCUGGGCUCAUGCUCAUGUCGGGCCAGGGCCCAGGUGGGCAUCUCCCCCAGGUGGGGCAACAUCAGACGCCCAAGCCGAGUUCCUGCAGCGCCCACCCCAGGCCCAGGCCCACCCCAGAGGGAGUCUCGUGACGCUCUCCCAGUUGAAGUCGCUAUAGCAGCCCCUCCCCGCGGGCCAGCUGGGCUGUGCUGCAGCGGGUUCCAGAACAGCCAAGCGGUGAAGUCCAGGCCAGACCGGCCUGACUGACAGCACCCAGAGGAGACCGUUGGGUGAGACUUGGGCCAGAGGGGCUUCCUGUCCUCGUCUCUGCCCCUCCCCCACUCCUCUUGGGGGAAGCCCGGCCUUAAAUGGAAGGAGAGUCGCGGUCCCGCAGGAAGGCGAUGGUGUGCUUCAGCUCCCGGGCCUGCGCGGGCACAGGCAUGUGAGGCCAGGGCCCCCGGCCAGCCCCCUGCCUCUGCCCCCAGCCCCACCACGCCGGAGCAGUGGGCAGAGGCCCGGGCCCAGGCUCCCGGGCACACCGGGCCUGGGUGAGGCGCUUGCCGCCUUCUCAGGGCGCACAGAGGCCACCCACCUGCGGCAGCUCAA